AUGCCGAUGGAGGACUCCGGCGCGAAGGAGAGCAGUCGCUAUGCAUACGGUGGCGCACCUACUGCUCCUUCCCACGCCCCUCCUCCUCCUCCCCCGCCGCUACCUCAGAAGGAGAAGGACCAUCCAACGAAAAGACGAGCGUCGAAGCUGCAGAAACCGCCGCCUCCAAAGAUCGCGACAUCAACCUGGGGCCAUCCGAGUAAUGCUGGUAAAUCACGGUCGUCCACAUCUAUAACCCGUAGUCAGAGUUCAAGGUCGCCUCGUCCGAGGGAAUAUCUUACCGAAACACCGUCGAGGUCGUCGAGGCACGAACGUACACCGACCUCGCCCAAUAUCAUCGCAGGCGAAUACCAACCUACGGCGUCGUCGACAUCGCUGGACCGGGCUCUUAGGUUUUCGAGCGAGUACAGCAGGCAGCCCUUAAAUCUAACAGACCCUAACGAUAGGGAAAAAAGACCGCCGGGUGGAGGUCUGUCUGUGGUGCAGCAAGGUUCCGUUUCAGGUGGUCGACAGUCAGAGGACGGGGUGGCCCAUCAUUUGUUGACGUCGACGGCGUAUAAGCCCUUCAACGCUCAGCAACAGCAACCACCCUCCUCGCAACCUCAAUCUCAACCUCAGCUCCCACAUCACCAACCUUCACUUCAUCAUCAUCCAUCUCAUCGCGACAAACGAAACACUCUUCAACCAAAAAGCAACAUCACCAGGAAUCAAUCUGGAGCUCAGCAGGCCUCUCCUUACUUCCUACCGUCUCAGCAGCAUUCAGACCCCUCCGUCCCCUCUCUCACACCCUCUUCAUCUAACUUGACUGACGGGUCUACCACAAUGGCUGCAUCUACAAACUCAGCCCAAUCGAAACAGUCUAAAAGAGGCUCACGCUCGAGACCUCCGAGCCCUGAUCUAACUGGUAAGAUGGCCAUAGGCACGGGUGCCACUAGUCCGAAACGACUUUCGGACGAAGGUCGGCAUCCUCCUAACCCUAUUAAGAAGAAAGGUGGUGGUCUAUCCGGUUUCUUCGGGUUCGGUGGCAGCGACAAGGGUCCCAAAGGCAAGCCCGAAAUUUCUAAACCUAGCAAUCCUGUCCAUGUCACCCACGUUGGGUACGAUUUUGAGACUGGCGAAUUUACGGGCCUUCCCGCAGAAUGGCAACGACUGCUGGAAAGCAAUGGUGUAACGAAAGAGGAGCAGGAGAAGCAUCCUCAAACUGUGAUGGAGGUUGUUCGCUUCUACAACGAUGCUACAAAUUCUACGAGAUUCGAGGAGGACGUCGUCUGGAGCAAGUUCGAGAAAGCACAAUCAAAGGACCUCACAAUGCUUAUCCCGGAUACGAUGCCCGCAGAACCCAAUGGCCACAGUCCGAUAAGCCCUCGAUUCCCUAAGACCCAAUACACGUUCGAGAAUCCGAGAGCCGCUCCUCCAAUCCCAUUGAAAUCACCCCGCCCUAGCGGUUCACAACCGUCACCCGCGGCACUAGUUCCUACCCGGCCAGCUCCAAAGCCGCCAACUGACCUCUCAGCACCGCUCCGAUCACCCCCCGUCCCGCCAAAAGAGCCUCUCGAUGGACGCCCUUCACCAACGGAGGUGCACCGGAUGCCGCCUCCGACUCGGCCACCACCUGCUAUGCCGGUUGAGAUGCCCCAAGUUCCCGAAGGCAGACCCGGUGUACCCCCCGAAAUUAUCCGCAAGAAUUCACUCAAGGCCGCGAACGGUAGACCCAAGGAUACCGACAUCCCAGCCUUGCCAGCAGGUGGAAUCCCCGAUGCCUAUAACGCGAAUUUACAAUUGAGCCAACAAGCACAACAGCAACAGCUGCUCGCUCAGCAACAACAGCUGCUCUAUAUGCAACAACAGCAGCAACAACAAUUGAGCAAUCAGAUGAACAACCUCGCUCUCCAAGGCCCACCUCCAGUCCCACCACACCCCCCCGCUAAUUCGUAUAACAUUCCGGGCAGCUAUCAGCAACAGCAACAGCAACAAUUCGGGUCCAAACUUCCACAGCAGCCUGGAAUUGGGCAGAGACGCCACACUCGCAACCAAAGCAAGGAUGGGGAAAUCAUGGCUCGUCUCAAAGCAAUCUGUAGCCCUCAGGAUCCCACCAAGAUAUAUCGCGGCUACAACAAGAUUGGACAAGGUGCUUCCGGAGGCGUAUACACAGCGUACAAAAAUGGGACAAAUGCAAUCGUCGCUAUCAAACAAAUGAAUCUUGAGCAACAGCCCAAAAAAGAUCUCAUCAUCAAUGAAAUAUUGGUCAUGCGCGAAAGCAAGCAUCCGAAUAUCGUCAACUUUAUGGAUAGCUUUUUGAUUCGAGGUGACUUGUGGGUUGUCAUGGAAUACAUGGAAGGAGGUAGCUUGACCGACGUCGUUACCUUCAAUUUAAUGACAGAAGGUCAAAUCGCUGCUGUCUGCAAAGAGGUCCUACAAGGACUCCAGCACCUUCACUCAAAGGGUGUCAUUCAUCGUGACAUCAAGAGUGAUAACAUCUUGCUCUCCCUAGCAGGAAACAUCAAAUUAACCGACUUUGGAUUCUGUGCCCAGAUUAAUGAAACUAUGCAGAAGAGGACCACGAUGGUCGGUACCCCCUAUUGGAUGGCACCAGAGGUAGUCACUAGGAAGGAGUACGGCAGGAAGGUCGAUGUUUGGAGCUUAGGAAUCAUGACAAUUGAGAUGAUCGAAGGCGAACCACCAUACUUGAAUGAAGCACCACUGCGAGCGCUCUAUUUGAUCGCGACAAUAGGGACGCCAAAACUCAAGGAACCAGGGGAUUUGUCACCAGAUAUGAUGUCUUUCUUAGACACUGCUUUGGAGGUUGACCCCGAACGACGUGCUUCAUCAUCCGAGCUACUUCAGCAUCCCUUCAUGACUCACGCUGAGCACUUGAUUACACUCGCCCCACUUGUUAAGGCUGCUCGCGACCAGCGAGCGAAAGAACGCGCACAUCAACAGCGUUAG